AUGCCUCUGACGAGUCACGACGGUCCUGCUCCACCAGCUUCCGAGUCUCCUGGGCGACCCGCGAGCUGGGCCGGCGGGUGGCCACCCCCGUGCGGGCGGGCGGAAGCGGUGCCCGGGGCCUGUGCGCAGCCGCGCCGCCUGCCUAGGGGCUGCCGUGCCCGCAGCCACAGAGGCGGGAACGCGGACCCCUCAGCCAGUAGGGGAGGCGGCGGCUGCACUUCGCUCAGCAAUAACCACCCCCCCCCCACCCAUGGCACACCCCACCCUGAAAACGCAGCCCGCGGUGGCGACCGACCCCUCCCACCAGGCCCCGGUUGGGGCCCAGUGGCCCUCCCUGGGGCGGCUGCGGUGAGGGGCACCCCCCUUCCCUGCUGCAAUGGCCGCCCCCUGGGCUCCCUGGACGGCCCCGCUCCUCUGCUUCGCCGGCCCCCCACUGAGGAUCCCUGGCCCGCUCUCCUCAGUUCUGAGGGUCCCAGCGGGAAGCGGAGCCUGGCGAGUCAGGAGGGGCUGGCGGGACCAAAGGAGAGCCAGUCUCAGGGAGCCCCAAGGAGGCACCCCCAAAUUUCAGGCACCCCUAGUCCUCAGCCUCAGCCCAAAUUCAGCACUGAAGCCUCAGCCCCCAGAACAGCCCAGGACAUCCCUUGCUUGGACAGCACUGCUUCUCUUGAGAGUGGCACCCCACUGCGGCCACCAGCAGCUGGCCCGCCCCUGCUGAGGAGCUCCGGACCGGUGGCCUGGACUCUGAUAGAGCACCAGUACCCGGAGGGCCAGCGCACUCUGCAUCCCAGCCUAGGAUUCAGUAACUCAGACUCUGGCCUGUGGCCCUAG